GUUCACAGGCGCGUCGACCAUUUGUACUCCGCCCUCCGGAGCGCUACGUGCAGGACGAGAGAGACUGUUAAAACCUCCAGCCCGAGAAGAGCUGAACCAUGUCCCGUCGCCGCGUGGCCGUGAUCGGGGCGGGGAGCUCGGGCCUGGCCUGCAUCAAGACGUGUGUGGACGAGGGGCUGGAGCCCGUCUGCUUCGAGAGCAGCGAUGACAUCGGGGGUCUGUGGAGGUUCAAGGAGAACCCGGAGCCAGACCGUGCAAGCAUCUACCACUCUGUCAUCAUCAACACUUCCAAGGAAAUGAUGAGUUUCAGUGACUUCCCCAUCCCUGCCCACUUCCCAAACUUCAUGCACAACUCUCUUAUCAUGGACUACUUUCGGAUGUAUGCAGAUCACUUCCAGCUCACCAAGUACAUACGCUUGAAUACCAAGGUCUUACAGGUGAAGAAGAGAACGGACUUUUCUCAUUCAGGCCAGUGGGACAUUGAGACAGAGAAAAACGGAAAAAGAGAGAAACACAUCGUUGAUGCUGUGAUGAUUUGCAUUGGACACCACUGCCAGCCCAACAUGCCUCUCCAGGACUUCCCAGGUAUUGACACUUUCAAGGGGAGGUAUUUCCACAGUAGAGACUACAAAACCCCCGACGAGUGGAGGAAUAAAAAGGCUGUAGUGAUUGGAAUAGGCAACUCUGGAGGAGAUUUAGCAGUCGAACUGAGCAGAGUCACCAAGCAGCUUUACCUGAGCACCAGAAGAGGAGCGUGGAUCCUGAACAGAGUUGGAGACAAUGGGAUCCCCCUCGACAUGUAUUUCAACAGGGUGCUGAGUUUCAUAGGAAAAGUUCUUCCAUUUGGUGUUUUCUCUUCCCUGGGAGAGAGCCGGGUCAACCGUCGAUUCGAUCAUGCUCUGUACAACCUAAAGCCCAAGCACAGGUUAUUCAGCCAACAUCCCACAGUGAAUGAUGAAAUUCCUAACCGCAUCCUGUCUGGAACGGUUCAGGUGAAACCCAACAUCCGCCGGUUUCAAGGUUCCAGUGUUGAGUUUGAUGACGGGAGUGUCGUGGAGGACGUUGACCUGGUGGUUUUUGCCACAGGCUACAAGUUUUUCUUUCCAUUCUUGGCCGCACAGGUGGUCUCCGUGUCCGAGAACAAAGCGUCGCUGUACAAGUACGUGUUUCCUCCCGAGCUGGAGCGCCCCACGCUGGCUAUCAUUGGUCUGGUGCAGCCGUUGGGAGCCAUUAUGCCCAUCUCCGAGAUGCAAGCCAGAUGGGCCACGCGGGUUUUUAAAGGCUGCGUAAAGCUUCCUCCAGUUGCUGCCAUGCAGAGAGAUAUCCAGUGCAAGGAGGAGGCGAUGGCUAGAAGGUACGUCACCAGUCAGAGACAUACCAUCCAGGUUAACUAUAUCGACUACAUGGAUGAGAUCGCGGCGCUGGUGGGGGUUAAGCCCAGCUUCACACGGACGCUGCUGACCGAUCCCAGGCUGGGGGUGAGCGUGAUGCUCGGCCCCUGCACCCCUUACCAGUAUCGCCUCAGAGGGCCAGGCAAGUGGGCGGGGGCCCGGCAGGCCAUCCUCAGCCAGUGGGAGAGGGUCGCUCGACCCAUGCAGACCAGACCGUGCCAUGAGCCCAAACCCAAGAGGUCUUGGAAGUGGCCCGUCCUCCUGUCAGCAGCUGCCCUGGGAUUGGCUGCUUACGUCAACAGGAACAGCCUCCCUCCUCUGCUACAGGACCCCGCCGCAUUGCUGGGAAGGAUUCAAACGUACCUCCCUGCAAAGUGAUGCACAAACCGUCUGUUUUGUGUAUGAACGUGUUGGAAAAGUGCAGAAAUUCCUGAAAUGGGCAAAAAACAGAAAUGCAUUUGGAAUAAAUAAAUGACAUAACAAUUGAAGUCCAAUAGAUGCUAUAAAGCUGUUCUCAAAUGAGUCACUUAGAGCUUCUCUUCUGUCUUUUUGUUUCGCUCUUUUCUCAUACUAAUGAAAUCUCUGGGACCUUGUGUGACGAUAAUACUCGGGAACUCAACAAUUGAUGUAUAAAUAAUGAAUUAUUGUUGAGUCAAACAUAUUUAUUGCCUUUCCUGAAUUAUUUGUCAAAGCUACAGAUUUGUUCAUGUCUUGAAUUCUCGUUGGAUUUUGUAAAGAAACUCAUUUUCUGUUCAGUCCACCGCUUAAAUUCCUUUUUCUUCAGGUUUUUUUUAUAUUACUUUAAAAAGAAACCAUAGAAUUUAUGUUUAAUUUUACUUUGCUUCUCUUUGAAAAUGUCAUUUUACGUGUGUUCCUGUCUCAGGUGAAUCAUAUAGAACUGCAUUUCCAUGUUUUCCCCCCGUUCUUUCUUUAUGUUGUUGUAAUUACUUGUGUUUAAUAACAGUAUUAAUCAAGUUAUAGCUGCUUUCAACGUGAGGCUUUUGUGAAGUCAAUAAAUCACUGUGAUCCACCAAA